CAGCACAGCCCUCCUCUGAACAGACCUUAAAGGUGUUUUGUGCGGGCCUUCAUCUGUAUGACUGCAGCAAGAGGGAGCUGGGAUGAUGAAGGUCCAUCACAUACUCCUCCUUAUCUCUCUGGGCUGGCCCUGUGCUACGAACACGAGACUCGCCUUGUUGAGGACUUGUUCAGGGACUACAACAAGGUGGUGCGCCCAGUGGAGGACCAUCGGGACGCUGUCGUCGUCACCGUCGGGCUGCAGCUCAUCCAGCUGAUUAGCGUGGAUGAAGUAAAUCAGAUUGUGACAACCAAUGUACGCCUGAAACAGCAAUGGAUAGACGUCAACCUCAAGUGGAAUCCAGAUGACUAUGGUGGCGUGAAAAAAAUCCGCAUCCCUUCGGAUGAUAUCUGGCGGCCAGACCUUGUUCUUUACAACAACGCAGAUGGUGACUUUGCCAUUGUAAAAUACACCAAAGUCCUUCUGGAGCACACAGGUCUGAUCACCUGGACACCACCAGCUAUUUUUAAGAGUUACUGUGAAAUUAUAGUCACGCACUUCCCAUUUGACGAGCAGAACUGCAGUAUGAAGUUGGGAACUUGGACGUAUGAUGGGACAAUGGUUGUUAUUAACCCGGAGAGUGACCGUCCAGAUCUGAGUAACUUCAUGGAGAGUGGGGAGUGGGUGAUGAAGGAUUACCGUGGCUGGAAGCACUGGGUUUACUAUGCUUGCUGUCCUGAUACCCCUUACCUGGACAUCACCUACCACUUCCUCAUGCAACGCCUGCCUCUCUACUUCAUCGUGAAUGUCAUCAUCCCCUGCCUGCUCUUCUCCUUUUUAACAGGGUUAGUUUUUUACCUACCCACAGAUUCAGGUGAGAAAAUGACUCUCAGCAUCUCUGUCCUGCUGUCUUUGACUGUGUUCCUUCUGGUCAUUGUGGAGUUGAUCCCUUCCACCUCCAGUGCAGUGCCUCUGAUAGGCAAAUACAUGUUGUUUACAAUGGUGUUUGUCAUCGCUUCAAUCAUCAUCACGGUCAUUGUCAUCAACACCCACCACCGCUCUCCAAGCACUCACACCAUGCCACACUGGGUCAGGAAGAUCUUUAUUGACACAAUCCCAAACGUCAUGUUUUUCUCUACGAUGAAACGACCAUCCAGGGAUAAACAAGACAGAAAUAUUUUUGCAGAAGAUAUUGAUAUUUCUGACAUUUCUGGGAAGUCAGGCUCUGUGCCUGUCAACUUCUACUCCCCACUUACCAAAAAUCCAGAUGUGAAAAAUGCUAUAGAGGGAAUCAAAUACAUUGCGGAAACGAUGAAAUCGGACCAAGAAGCCAGUAAUGCUGCAGAAGAAUGGAAGUUUGUUGCGAUGGUGCUUGAUCAUCUUCUCCUUGGCAUAUUUAUGCUAGUUUGUUUUAUAGGAACAUUAGCUGUAUUUGCUGGUCGACUUAUUGAAUUAAAUCAGCAAGGAUGAAUGUGAGCUGGAAACUAUUUGCUACUCUGAACAUCUGAAAGCAUCAUAACUAUCAAAAUCUGGGCAGCCUCUGAAAGUUUCACUGCUGGGAAAGAGCAGGGACAAUAAAACAUAAGGCUCCAUACUUAGCACUUUUGA